AUCUACGCAUGCGCCAAAACUGCCGGCUUGAAUGGCUGAGUUUUCAAUAACGUGGGCGGGGCCUCGUUAAGUCCUGCCUACACGCCAGCUCAGUAUAGGUAAUGUCUGCUGAAAGGAUGGCGGAGGAGCCGGGUGUGUGGAACUUGCUGGAGCGGGCGCCCAUUGAUUGGACAGAACCAUGGCUGAUUGGACUUGCUGCUUUUCACAUACUGUGCUUCAUAGUCACAUAUAUUUCUUUUAAAUCGUACCCACUUCAGAUUUGCCACUUUUUGCUAAUGGUUGCCCUUGUAAGUUGUGCUGAAUAUAUCAAUGAAUUUGCGGCAAUGAAUUGGAGAGCAUUUUCAAAACAACAAUAUUUUGAUUCAAGUGGGAUGUUUAUUUCCUUGGCAUUUUCUGCACCUCUAUUGUGUAACACUAUAAUUAUCGUGGUCCAUUGGGUAUAUAAGACAUUAUGUGUUAUGACUGAGCUGAAAACAUUACAGCAGAAGAGAAAAGAAUCGAGGGAGAAGAGACAGAAAAAGGAAUAGACCAAACCACAAUACAGCAAAAGAGCCAGAAGUCUAUUCAGCAUUGCUGUUACAUAACUAUAAUAUGUGGAAAAUAAAGGACUACUGUGUUUAUAUUGCAAAAAAUUACUGUUGUACAUAUAAAUAAAUCUUGUACAUGGCAUUUUAGCCAUGUAUAGUUAUUAGUUACUUAUCUGCCAUACGGCGAAGUGGUGUAACUCGUGCUUUCAUCCAGUUUCUGCAAUAUUCACAGGAGCCUUGGCACUGUUGUAAAAUGUUUUUUUUUUUUUAAACUGUAUUAAUAAAUAAUUUUAUACA